AUGCAUUUUCUCGGUGUGGCUGCGAUAUUCAGCAUCGCAGUGACUGCGCGGCCAGCAGUCGUCCCGCGACAACUCAGCUACGCUGAGAAAGCAGUCCUGCAUCACAAUUACCACCGAGCAAAUCACUCAGCUCCCCCCGUCGAGUGGGACGAUGAUCUCGCUGCCACAGCUAAGAAGGGGGCCGACAUGUGUAGUUUCGAGCAUAAAAUGGAUUUCGAUGGCGGCGGCUAUGGCCAGAACAUAGCUGCUGGAGUCGAACCAGAAAGAAUCACCGAGAUCAUUACUGGCCUCUGGUACAAUAAUGAGCAGUGCCUCUAUCCAUCCUACGGCAGGAAUCCAACAGAAGACGAGAUGACGAACUCCUUCCACGAAUGGGGCCACUUCACGCAAAUCGUGUGGAAGGACACCACUACCAUCGGCUGCUGGACGACGGACUGUACGUCCCAGGGCGGCGUCAAAAAUGUCGGAGGCGAUGUUCUGCCGUACUUUACUGUCUGUAACUACAAGGGUCCUGGGAAUUACGACGACGAGUUCGCUGAUCAAAUUGGCGAGCCUCUGGAUCACGAUACGGUCCAAUGGGAUUACGGGUUGUAG